GAUCUUUUGCAUGAAAUGUGGAGGGAAUAGGACUUGUUAUAAGGAACAUUCCACUGUGCACAAGGGGGUGCAGGGAUAGAGAAGUUACUGUACAUAUGAUGUUCCCUGUGAAUAAGAAGUGCAGCCAGUGUAGAGUGAGGGGAGAGUCGUGCCUGUGUAUAAGGAGACAGAAGUGUAGCAGUCCCAUUGUAGUCUCACAGUAAUUAUAUGGCCCAGCUGUAAUCUUUCUCCCAUGUCUCUCCGGCCAGAGCAAAGGAAGCGACCUCUCCCCCCGCCUCGUGUUAAGUCCUGGGAAAACUGUGUUCUGCUUUCCCAGUGGUUUUUGGUGACAGGCUGGAGAGCCCCCCACCAGAGCACGUGAUGGUUUGAGCGGCGGAGAGAUAUACUGUAGCAGUAGCGGCAGGAGCAGCAGGAGCAGCCUGGGAGCCCAGAGGAAGAGGAUGAGAGAGGGAAGCGCAUCCUCUUUGAAAAGCCAGAGGGAAAAGCAGCGGAGGGAAUCGCUGUCGCACACACGAGGGGACAGAGAGACAAAGGGAAGGGGCUGCUGAGAGGGAGACACUAGUGAGAGAAGUGACAGCAGCAAGUGCUCGUAUAUAAAUGAGAAGGUGGAUCCGUCACUCCCCAGUAUGAGCCGCACUGUCACUGCCUGACGGACCCACAGUCUCAUGCUGUUGCCCCCAGUAACCUCACCAUGUCCAGGAGGAAGAUCUCAUCGGAAUCGUUCAGCUCGCUGGGGUCGGACUACCUUGAGACCAGCCCGGAGGAGGACGCCGAGUGCCCUUUAGCCAGACUGUGCUGGAAUGGCAGCAAGAGCCCCCCGGCUCCUCGCCCCGAGACUGUCAUUGGAGCCAAGAGGGCGACCAGGAGGAGACGGGUCAAUCUGGACUCGCUGGGGGAGAGUAUCCGCAAACUCACCUCUCCUACGCCCCAGACCAUUCAGCAGACUUUACAGAGGACACUGCAGUGCUAUGAACACCAUGUCAUUGGUUGCAGGGAUGCAGAGAGGAACUUACACAAUGCUUCUGUCCGAUGCAAGUAUGCAGAAAACUCUGGGAAGGAAGAUGAUGAGGAUAUCUCAGGAAUUCUUCAGUGUACGGCCAACAUGCUCGGCAUAAAGUUUGAAGAAUUGCAAGAGAGAUUUGGUGAGGAGUUCUUCAGUAUCUGCUUUGAGGAGAAUGAAAGGGUCCUCCGAGCGGUGGGAGGUACACUACAUGACUUCUUCAAUGGGUUUGAUGCUUUAUUGGAACACAUUAGGACUUCAAUUGGAAGACAGGUGACUUUUGAAUCCCCUUCUUUCCUAUGCAAAGAGCUUGCUGAUGGGACCCUACUUCUCAGCUGCUUCCAUCUUCCUCAUAUUGUUGGGUUGGCCAUGAAAGGUAUGAUAAAGGCAGCAGGAAAGAGGAUCUACCAGUUAAAAGUUGUGGUUGAACAAGUGAACAAUGUGAAUGAAAAACUAUGCUCUGAAAUCACAAAACCGGGUAACUUCAACUUUCUUACCUUUAAAAUUAAAGGAUGUGACAAUGCAAAUAUCAUUAAAGCACCUCUACUCCAAUUGUCCCAAGUCCCAUCAGACUUGAGGAUAAGUAUUAGCACUUUCUGCAGAGCUUUUCCUUUCCAUCUGAUGUUCGAUCCAAACAUGCUGAUCCUGCAGCUUGGGGAAGGACUCAGGAAGAUGAUAAAAUGUGAGGUUCAAAAAACGAUGAAGUUUCAUGACUGUUUUGAAAUAGUGUCUCCGAAAAUCAGUUGCACGUUUGAACACGUCCUCUUGAGAUUGUCAACCCCCUUUGUCAUACGGAAUAAACCAGAUGCAUCCUCUUUUGAAAAUAAAGACAAGGUGAUGGAAGUUAAAGGACAAAUGAUUCAUGUUCCUGAGUCCAGUUCUAUUUUGUUUUUGGGAUCCCCCCGAGUUGACAAACUGGAUGAACUGAUGGGGAGAGGCUUGCAUCUUUCUGAUAUCCCCAUACAUGAUGCCACGCGGGAUGUAAUACUAGUUGGCGAGCAAGCUAAAGCUCAAGAUGGUCUUAAGAAACGAAUGGAUAAACUGAAAGCCACCUUAGAAAAGACACACCAGGCCCUGGAAGAAGAGAAGAAGAAGACCGUGGAUCUUCUCUAUUCAAUAUUCCCUGGAGAUGUGGCCCAGCAGUUAUGGGAAGGGAAGUCUGUUCAGGCCAGGAAGUUUGAUGAUGUCACCAUGCUCUUUUCCGACAUUGUUGGCUUCACUGCUGUUUGUGCCCAGUGCACUCCAAUGCAAGUAAUCAGCAUGUUGAAUGAACUAUAUACUCGAUUUGACUAUCAGUGUGGCUUCCUGGACAUAUAUAAGGUUGAAACAAUUGGAGAUGCUUACUGUGUAGCAGCGGGACUCCUAAGGAAGAGCAACAGUCAUGCCAAGCCCAUCGCUCUCAUGGCUUUGAAGAUGAUGGAACUUUCAGAAGAAGUCCUCACUCCUGAUGGAAGACCUAUUAAGAUGAGAAUCGGAAUUCACUCUGGCUCUGUCUUUGCUGGUGUUGUUGGUGUAAGAAUGCCACGUUAUUGCCUGUUUGGAAAUAAUGUCACUCUGGCUAGUAAAUUUGAAUCAGGAAGCCAUCCUCGUAGAAUAAACAUCAGUCCGACAACAUACCAACUAUUGAAAGAUGAAGAAACUUUCCACUUUGUAUCCCGUUCACGUGAGGAGCUUCCAGAAAACUUUCCAAUAGAAAUACCUGGGAUUUGCUAUUUCCUGGAGGCCAACAGUGGUCAGAAGCAGCCAAAGCAUUCUUUAACAUCUGUUAGAAUGAGAAAGGUUUCCUACAACAUCGGCACUAUGUACCUUAGGGAGACAAGUGUAUGAAACCUUCUGCAGAUUGAAGACUUUAGAAAGGAAAAUAAAAAAGCACAAACCCAAUAUUGGGUCAGAAUUGUAGAGGUUCUUUCUGUUUCAAUGAAUAGUUCAAAACAGCAAGAGCUCUGCAUAAUGCCAGGCAAUAAUCAUUUUAUUUUUCGUUCCGAGGUGGGUGACAUUUGUUACAAGAACACAGCCUUCAUUAUUAAUGUAUAAAAUAAAUGGAGGAUAGAAGUUGGAAGAGUUUAUCUACUUCCCAGAUAAUAUUAGUCUAUGAACAGACUCCUAUUAUUUUAGAUGACUUGGAGCAACUGAAUUUCAGUAUAUUCUUGAAAGGCGGUUCUUUUUUUUUUCUUUAGAAGUCUGAAAACUAAUAAUGGACUCAUUCAUUUAAUGAUCCUCUCUUGUGUAGUAGCUCAUGCUUACUCAUCUGCUUGUGAACGCACGCAACUAUUCACAAAAUGUGAAUGCAAACGACCUGAUCAGGGUUUCUCAAUAACCGUCAUCAACCAAUGUGAAGAAUUAAAUGAAGUGACAUCUUCUUGUAAAACAUCAUUUCAAUUUUUAGCACUGCAGUGGAAACAUGGCCAUUUAUUCUAAUACAAAACUACAUAUAAUUGGUUUAUAAGGUGAUAGCUUUGUGUGAUUUAUUAUAUUCCAUUUGGGACAUCUGUAGAUGUGUUAAAUGAGGAGGGAAACCUUUUUUUUCCAAGCAGUCUUCAUAAAAGCAUGCUCCAAAAGCUCAUCUAUUUUUUAUUUCAUCUGCUUCUCUUUUAUUGUGUUGUAGGACCGUAAAUGUUGAGUGUAAAUGGUAACAAAAUGCCCAUUUCCCACCAUAGCACCUGAAUGUACUUUCUGUAAAACUGCCAGAGUUCGGACAAUUCAUAUACAGAUAUUUAGCCUCUUACUAUUUUCAUCAGUGUAAAUAACCACGAGGCACUUUGAUAUACACUGUCUGUGACAAAUCAACAGAUUACAUUGUUUUCAAUAGUGCGUAUAAAUCUGUUCUCAUUCUUGGUGAUCCAUAGAUCUCUAUACACUUGCAAUCUCAUCAGGCCGCAUUAUGCUCACUUUCAGAAAAACAUUAAUACAUGGUUCUGGUUACUGUGUAGAUUUGGGGAGUUAUUUAUCAAAGGUCUAAUUUUAGAGUUUUUUUUAUACAAUACCCCACAACUCAAAUUAAUUUAGUUUUUGGUGAAAAAAAAACUCAAAUUCGCUCGAAUUGAUUGAGUUUUUGGGCAAAACCCUCUGAAAAAAAUCAA